UGCUUUUGAUAUCCUGCAGAUGACUUACGAUGUCAUUCAUAAGCCACCGUAUUCGCACGAAACCGCUCAUUUUGCGAGAGUGUCGUGUGCAAAACACGUGCCGAAUAAAUACAUUGAUGUGUGUGUACGAGUUUUCGAAACAAGUCCAGGCUACUGUGUUGAAGACCAGCUGAACCAAGAUGUCCUACAGUCAGCAACGAGACCGAGGAAAGAAGGACUUGAAAUGCUACAAAUGCGAGAAGAUGGGGCACUUUGCUCGUGACUGCCCCCUUAAGGAUGACUCCAGUGGUGGUGGUGGUGGAGGAGGCGGUUAUAAAAGUGGGAAUUACAGAGGUUACAGCAAUUCCCGCAGUAAUCGUUGCUUUCGAUGCAACCGUGUGGGACAUCUUGUAGCCGAUUGUACCAGCCCAGCUAACAAAUGCUACAAUUGUGAUGAGGAAGGACACAAUGCAAGCGACUGUCCUCAUCCCCAGAAACCAAGGACGAUUGAGUGCUACGCCUGCCAUAAAAAAGGCCACAUCUCCCGUGAGUGUCCUGAAAGCAGUCGUGAUGAUCGCUGCUUCAAAUGUCACCAAACUGGCCAUCUGAGACGCAACUGCCCGGAGUUGAUCGCCGAUGGUGAAGAUGACCGUGAAUGUUACAGUUGUCAUCAGAAAGGUCAUCUGUCUGGACAGUGUCCCGAAAAGACUUGUCAUACCUGUAGUCAGCCUGGACAUCUGGCUCGUGAUUGUCCCAAUGAUUCUGGUGAGAAGUCUGGUCGUCGUAGCAACGCUGACAAGACCUGCUACAAGUGUGGCAACACCGGACAUAUCGCCCGCGAUUGCGAUGCAUCAGAGUGAGACAUCAGGCUCUUAACUUCCUGCGCGCCUCACAAGGCAUUUUAUCCAGUUACAAGUCAGCAGUAUGUCUGAUGACAACCAGCAGGUAUCAGCCAGCAAACUGGUAAGAACUGGCUCCAACUGGUUCCAACUGGUCUGAGGCAGUUCGCCAAGGCUGGGUGUAGUGUGAGUGUGUGUGUGAGUAGGAGGUGCCUGUGUAUCUCUCAUGAGUUUUUUUCAAGUUAACAUCAAAGUAAGUAUUUCCAGUAGAUUAAGUGUUAAUCUGUAAGUAAAAAAAAAUAAACAUAUCUCAACGUAAUUCAGAACUGACAUCACACAGAUCCAAUGAAUAUUCAUAUUGAUUUGAUGAGUAUGUAGGAGCACAAAUGAUGCAAAGUGUCAAAACAUCAAAUAGCAAUACUUGCAUCCUACCAUUAACAUCCAUUGUAAUGUAUACAGGAAAACAAUGAAAAUGAACCAAACUAAAACUCAGUACCAGAUGUCGAGAACAGGCACGGUGAGUUGUCGGGGAAAACCUUUCAUGGGGAAGAUGAAAGGCUGGAGUUUGUCGGGGAGAUUUGACCAUCUUAUGAACAUUUCACGGUUUGAAGAACCUGAAUAAAUGGGGAGAAAUUUGAAGAAUUCUGAAGAGCCAUCAUUGAGCUGUUUGUUGGCUGGCGAUGGCGGUUUUAUGUCUUGAAGUGAAGACAUUCAGUUGAAGCGUUAGGGGGAUCUGUGGUGGUGGGACGUAUUGAUGCAGUUUCCAUUUAUUGAUAUCAUGAUCUGUUGUUGAUUACUUAGAUGCUGCUUUUCGAAGCUUAAGUAUGGAGUGUGUAAACAUAUCUGUUUUGUUUCUUUUAAAGUUAAUACGGUUUGAAGUGAAAUUAACAAAAGAUACACAUAUUUGAAGUUUGCAGUAUCACAGUUCAUGGUACAUGUUCAUGUAUUUAGAUUUUGUUUAGACCGUCUGGAUUAUUUUACCCACAACUAUUAAACUUACAUGUACUCUUCAUUUAUGCUUUUUAUUUACACAUGCUAGUAAGUUGACCCAUUAUUAUAUCUGUGAGCAGUUUAAGUUAGAUUUACAUUACAGAUGAAGUUGGGACUAAAUCAACAAUGUUUUCUUCUCAUUUGAGUGGUUUACAACAAAGUUAUCUCUAUUGUCUCUAAGUAGUAAUCAAGCAUAGACUAAACCAACAUAUCUUCAGUUUCUUUUUUGGAGAUGUAACAGUAUGAAAUAUUUUUAGCAUUCAUUUACUGGAUGUAACUGACGAGUGCAAAGUCAGUUUAUGACGUCCAAAGAGAAUAUAAGAUUCAUAUCACAAUGAAUAACGUCAAAUGUAUUUUAUUUAUACAUUAUCCAGGAGCUGUUUUAUAAAACUUUGAUGCAAUUUUAGUGCAAAACACCACUUAUUGUGAUAUUGCCUUGGGAAAAAUGUAAUUAUUUUUCUGAAGGACCUCAUUUUUCGAAAUGUAAUCACACGUUUCUUAGGAUAAGUUUGUAAAAUCCCC